CAGUUCUGGCCUAAUGGAAAUGAACUACAGUUGAAGGACAUGAGACCUCAGCUCUGGCCUAAUGAUCAUCGAGCUCCACUGCAGUACUUCAGGCCUGUUUUUCCAGCUCAGCUCAUUGAUCCAGUGGCUCAGUCAUGGUCGUCUCAGUGGUCAUUCACCCCGCAGGCUCCAGCUUGGCCUGCCAACCCACCAGCUCCACCACAGUAUUCAGGGUCUCUGUCUGUGUCCAGACCCUUCACCCCUUCACAUCCAGCAGGAUUCUCCAUCUCUCCACAUUUAUCCUCAAUCACACCAGUUUCACCUCAGACGCUCCACUGGUCCUCCAGACCUACACACACUUCCUGGUCUGUUGGCAAGUCUGAGAUAACAAAGGAAAAGAAAAUGAGCUCUCCAUGUGAAAGUAGUGUGUUUAAGGAGAAAGAGUCUCUAGUUGAUCCUCAGAGAGCAGCAUCUCCAGUGUUCAGCUGUGUGUCUAUGAGGAGCAACAACUCAAUGCUUCUGCCUCCUAAUCUCAGUGAUGGAUCUGCUGUGAGCUCUGGAAGUAGACUGAAGCUGACAGCUGUUGACCAUCAGAGAGCAGCAUCUCCAGUGUUCAGCUGUGUGUCUAUGAAGAGCAACCACUCAAUGCAUCUGCCUCCUGAAUUCAGUGAUGGAUCUGCUGUGAGAUCUGAGUCUGGUAUCGUCAGCAGAAGCAGAAAGAGAGCAGCGUCUCCACUGUCCAGCUGUGUGUCCAUGAAAAGACCUAUGAAUAAUCCACCCCUGCUCACUAAUGACACGUUGACCUUUGACCCUGUUAGUGAGAGAGCUGAGCUUCAGACCUGCACAUUCUUCUCCAGUCAGAGUCACUUCAGUCUUCAUGAUGAUCUUCAGAGAGUCAAAGAGCAGCACAAAACCAUCAUGAAGAUCAAGUACGAGAGCUUAUUUGAGGGAGUGAAACUCCAGCAGAAUCAAACCCUCCUGAACAGCAUUUACACACAGCUGUACAUCAUAGAGGGAGAGAGUGAAGGAGUGAAUGAAGAACAUGAGGUGCUGCAGAUGGAGAAGAGAUACAAGACUCUCCAAGACACUCCAAUCAACUGCAAUGACAUCUUUAACCCUUCAGCUGAAGCAGGAGAUGAGGAGAAGAGCAGAGAGGAGAAAGAGCAGAUCAAGACUGUUCUCACUAAAGGCAUCGCUGGAAUUGGAAAAACCGUCUCUGUGCAGAAGUUCAUUCUGGACUGGGCCGAGGGAAAAGCCAAUCAGGAUGUAGAUUUCAUUUUUGUGUUUCCAUUCAGAGAGCUGAACUUGAUUAAAGAUCAUCAGUACAGUCUUCACACACUUCUGCUGGACUUUCAUCCUGAACUUCAGCAUCUGGACUCACAGAUUUAUGAGGAGUGUAAAGUUGUGUUCAUCUUUGAUGGUCUGGAUGAAAGCAGAAUCACACUGAUGUUUUCAGCCUGUCAGAAAGUUUCUGAUGUGACUGAAGCUUCAUCAGUGAGUGUGUUGAUGUCCAACCUCAUGAAAGGAGAUCUGCUUCCCUCUGCUCUCAUCUGGAUCACCAGCAGACCAGCAGCAGCCAAUCAGAUCCCCUCAAAACACAUCAGCCUCGUGACGGAGAUUCAGGGCUUCAAUGACCCUCAGAAGGAGGAAUAUUUCAGGAAGAGAAUCAGAGAUGAAGAUCAAGCCAGCAGAAUCAUCUCCCACAUCAGAAGAGCAAGAAGCCUCCACAUCAUGUGCCACAUACCCGUCUUCUGCUGGAUCUCAGCCACUGUGCUUCAGAGCAUCCUGAAACAAGAUCUGAGUGCAGAAAUCCCUCAAACUCUGACUGAGAUGUACAUCCACUUCCUCCUCAUUCAGACACACAUGAGGAAGCAGAAGUAUGAAGAGAGAGAUCCAGAGAAACUCCUGCAGUCCAACAGAGACGUGAUUGUGAAACUUGCUGAACUGGCUUUCAAUCAGCUGAUGAAGGGCAACGUGAUGUUCUACGAGGAGGACCUGAUUGAGAGCGGGAUAGACGUCGCUGACGCCUCAGUGUAUUCUGGGAUCUGCACUGAGAUCUUCAGAGAGGAAUCUGUGAUUUAUCAGAGGAAGGUUUACAGCUUUGUUCAUCUGAGCUUUCAGGAGUGUUUUGCAGCACUGUAUGUGUUUUACUGCUAUUUACACAACAACACUGAGGUGAUGAAGAUGUUCCUCACAGAAAAACACAGAACUCAGAGUGAGAAAGUUCCUCUGGAUGUGCUUCUGAAAGGAGCGAUGAAUAAAGCCUUGGAGAGUAAAACUGGACACCUGGAUCUGUUCCUGCGAUUUCUUCAUGGCGUCUCACUGGAGUCCAAUCAGAGACUCUUACAGGAUCUGCUGAAAUACACAGAGAACGACCCAGAGAGCAUCAAGAAAAUAAUCCACAACCUCAAACGAGGGCAAAAAAACAACAUCAGUCCUGAAAGAUGGAUGAAUCUCUCACACUGCUUGAUUGAGAUGAAGGAUAAUUCUCUUGUUGAAGAAAUGCAGGAAUUUUUAAACUCUAAAACAAACAACAAAAGUCUGACUCUUGCUCAGUGCUCAACUCUGGCAAACAUGCUCCUGAUGUUAAACGAAGUGCUGGAUGAGUUAGACCUUCAAAAGUACAAGUUUAAAUGUAAAGAGGGCAGAAGGAGGCUGGUGCCCGCUGUGAGGAACUGCAGAAAAGCUCUAUUGGCAAGCUGUAAUUUCACUGAUCAGUGCUGUGAAGUUCUGUCUUCAGCUCUACAAUCAUCAAACUCCCCCCUGAGAGAGCUGGACCUGAGUAACAAUAAACUGCAGGUUUCAGGAGUGAAGCUGAUCUGUGCUGGACUGAAGAGUGUAAACUGUCGACUCAACACACUGAGAUUGUCACGCUGUAGUCUUACUGAUCAGUGCUGUAAAGUUCUGUCUUCAGCUCUACAAUCAUCAAACUCCCCCCUGAGAGAGCUGGACCUGAGUAACAAUAAGCUGAAGGUUUCAGGAGUGAAGCUGAUCUGUGCUGGACUGAGUAGUCCAAACUGUCGACUCAACACACUGAGAUUGGCUGGCUGUAAUCUCACUGAUCAGCACUGUGAAGUCGUGUCUUCAGCUCUACAAUCAUCAAACUCCCCCCUGAGAGAGCUGGACCUGAGUAACAAUAAGCUGCAGGAUUCAGGAGUGAAGCUGAUCUGUGCUGGACUGAGUAGUCCAAACUGUCGACUCAACACACUGAGAUUGGCAGGCUGUAAUCUCACUGAUCAGCACUGUGAAGUUCUGUCUUCAGCUCUACAAUCAUCAAACUUCCCCCUGAGAGAGCUGGACCUGAGUAACAAUGAGCUGCAGGAUUCAGGAGUGAAGCUGAUCUGUGCUGGACUGAAGAGUCUAAACUGUCGACUCAACACACUGAGAUUAUCUGGCUGUAUGGUGACAGAGGAAGGUUGUGCGGCUCUGGCUUCAGCUCUGAGCUCAAACCCGUCACACCUGAGAGAGCUGGAUCUGAGCUACAAUCACCCAGGAGAAGCAGGACUCAAACUGCUCUCUGACAAACUCCAACACCUCCACAAACUCAAUGUGGAUCAUGGAGGAGAGCUCAGGAUUAAAUCAGGACCAGAGAAAUACGCCUGUGAACUCACACUGGAUCCAAACACAGCACACACACGCCUCGUUCUGUCUGAGGAGAACAGAAAGGUGACGAGUGUGAGACGGAGUCAGUCUUAUCCUGAUCAUCCAGACAGAUUUAAUGUUCUUCAGGUUGUGUGUAAAGAGAGUCUGACUGGACGCUGUUACUGGGAGACUCAAUGGAGCGGAAAAGCUGAAAUAUCAGUGUGUUAUAAAGGAAUCAAGAGGAAAGGAGAGAGUAAUGACUGUGAGUUUGGACGUAAUGAUCAGUCCUGGAGUCUUGAAUGCUCUGGUCACUCAUUCUCUGUCCGUCACAAUAAUAAAUACACACACAUCUCAGCUCCUCCAGACUCCAGCAGGACAGUAGGAGUGUUUGUGGACGAGUCGAGCGGCUCUCUGUCCUUCUACAGCGUCUCUGACACACACAAACUCACACACUUACACACAUUCAACACCACAUUCACUCACACACUCUACGCUGGAUUUAGACUUCAUUAUUAUUCAGACUCUUCAGUGACUCUGUGUCACAUUAAAUAACACACACACACACAC